GAGGAAAGGGACAAGAGUUCUCCGGCCUGGCGACCGACGAAGAAGAUCAAAAACCCCAAAGUUAAUAGACUACACUCGCUAUACAAAAUUCAAAAUUCAGAAUUCAGACUUUCGAAUUUCAUAUCCAUCCCUUCCGGAUUGGUUACGGGGCCUUUCGUUUGACUCGGAACGACCCAAGGUCCUCUCUUUGUCGACUACCAACCUAUAAGCCAGCCUACGAAUGCAAUUGACUUUGAAUAGCCACCGUCGACAAAGGAACACUUAAUACGCAACGGCCGCCGCGACACCGGUCUUCUUAGCCUAGAGGCAAAACGUAAACUUUAAUCAUUACAAACAACGCCACGAGCGAAUAGCCAUGUGGUUUUCAACGUUAAGAUCAAUCUUAUUAGCAUCAUGGCUCGCGGCCUUCCUUCCGGGCGCGAGCGCGGCCGAGCCCAUGCUCGUGUCCAACUCUUUGAACACUUGCCAAGAAGACUCUAUGUUCACUGCUAGUCUAUUCAAGGUCACCUAUACUCCGAACAACAAUACCGCUUUCCUCAACAUCGUCGCCACAUCUUCCGUCGAAGGCAAUGUAGUUUUCGAUAUCGCCAUCUCGGCCUAUGGAUAUACGAUCAUCCAAACGGUUGUCAAUCCUUGCGAUGUUGGACUAGCUGGUCUUUGCCCCAUGACUGCGGGUAAGAUUCCCUUGAAGUUCAAUUUGCCAGUCGGCGAGGAGGCUGCCUCCCAAAUUCCCGGUAUCGCGUACAACUUCCCCGAUCUCGAUGCUACCGUUCGUGUCUUCUUGAACUUGACCGACACCGGGAAGAGUGUCGCUUGUGUCGAGGCCGAUAUCUCCAACGGAAAGACCGUUGAUUUGCUUGCCGUGAAGUGGGUUCUCGCUAUCAUUGCCGGCCUGAUUUUGUGCUCCUCGGCUAUUAUCAAUGGUCUUGGUCACUCUAACGCCGCCGCCCAUAUCGCUUCUGGCGCGCUCUCUCUGUUCGGAUUUUUCCAAGCUCAGGCUAUGCUUGGUCUAAUGUCUAUUCACCUGCCUCCUGUCGUUCAGUCGUGGACCCAGGAUUUCCAGUGGUCGAUGGGUAUCAUCAACGUCGAUUUCAUGCAGGAUAUCUUCACUUGGUAUCAACGAGCUACCGGUGGCACUCCCUCCACCAUCUUUGACUCGUUGACAACUGUUUCGGUUCAAGUUGAGAAGCGUGCACUUGCUGCUCUUCCAGAAGGCGCUGCGAACUUAUACCGACGAUCAGCUGCAAUGCUCCCGAGAAUUGCCGCCAGAUCACUAUCGAAGCGUGCUAACGUCAUGACGGGUUCCGGCAGCUACAUUGUCUACGGUAUCCAGCGUGUUGCUUUCAAGGCUGGCAUCGAGACGACAAAUCUAUUCAUGACUGGUCUAGUUUUCUUCUGCUUGUUAGUCAUGCUCACCAUUGGUGCCGUUGCGGCAUUCAAGGGAUUCUGCGAGUUGAUGGUCAAGCAAAAGCGUAUGAAGAGUGAUACGUUCCUCGAAUUCCGCAAUGGGUGGCUCACCGUUCUCAAGGGUAUUCUAUUCCGACUUACUCUCAUUGGAUACCCCCAGAUGGCUAUUUUAUGUCUAUGGGAAUUUACACAGGCCGAUUCACCCGCUGAAGUCGUGCUCGCUAUAUUUUUCAUCGUAGGAAUGACUGUCACGCUGGGCUGGGCUGCUUCCAAGGUUAUUCGAAUUGCUCGUCGCUCCGUCGCUAUGCACCGAAAUCCUGCUUAUAUCCUAUUCUCAGACCCCCAAGCAUUGAACAAAUGGGGAUUCUUGUAUAUCCAGUUCAGAGCUUCUGCGUAUUACUUCAUCAUACCCGUUCUUGGCUAUACCCUGGUCAAGUCUAUGUUCCUCGCAUUCUCUCAGGGCAACAGCACCGCCCAGGCUAUUGGAUUCCUCCUCAUUGAAGCUGGCGCUUUGAUUGCCGCCAGUGUUCUUCGACCGUGGAUGGACAAGAGUACCAACUCGUUUAACAUUGCCAUUUGUGCUGUUAACUUCAUCAAUGCUAUCUUCAUCUUGAUCUUCUCCGAUGUGUUCAACCAGCCUCCGUUGGUUAAUGGUGUCAUUGGCCUCAUUCUGUUUUUCCUUAAUGCUAUAUUCGCUACUGUUCUCCUUAUCAUGGUCAUUAUUUCGACUACACUUGUCUUUUACCGCAAGAACCCUGAUGGUCGUUACCAGUUCAUGGCUGAUGACCGUGCAUCUUUCAUGAAGUCGCAAUCUCAGCUCACAGGUACUACGGAACUUGAUGCCCUAGGCGCAACCGCUCGAGGUGACAAGGCAGGAUACAAACAAGGCCUGGAUCUUGAUGAAGACAACGAAUCGAUAUCCUCUGCUUCCAUGCGACGCCGUACUGAUACGUCCACCUUGACUGUCCCCACGGCAGCCCCACGCGGCGCGUACACUCGCAGCGCAGAACGUCCUCGGUCACCUGUGGACCCCUCUGUGCCACUCUUCCCUGCCACCAGCGGCCCGCAAAGAGCCCCGAGCCCAUAUAACGGGUCCUCUGCCUCGCGAACCCCGAGCAACGGCAGCCCCCCUAACCACCUCCCCCCCAAUUUCAGGGCGGAGAACAACUCAAGCCCGUGGCAGCGAGGAGCAGGUUAUGAUCACUAGGCAACGGUCAUGACACCAGGGAUGAGAGGAUUCUUCUAGCUGGACUUAAUCCAUGCCUUUGUUCAUAAAAGGAUGCAAUCAUGACAAAAC